AUGACUGACAAGCUCCCACCCAACCUUCUCGCCCUCUUUCAGCCGCGCCCACCACUUCGGUGGCUCAACCCUAGCGACCACGCCCCCGAAGACCGACGUACCGCCAAGGUUGAUGGCGUAGCUGGAUUCCUCGCUGCUCUCCAUGAGAAGAAGGAAGAGGCCAAAGACGAGGAAUGGACCGAGUCGCAUUUGGAACGUGCUGACCGUGAGAAGCUCGAGAAGCAGAAGAAGCAGAAGUGGCUAGUGACCGAGGGCGUGAAGCAGCUCUACAAGCCCAGCGAAGACUCAAAUGUGCGCGGAGACGCAUUCAAGACUUUGUUCGUCGGCCGGUUGCCAUACGAUGCAUCUACCAAGGAUCUUGAAAACCAAUUUGGUCGCUUCGGUCCAAUCGAGCGCAUCCGCAUCGUACAGGACCGCAGCGGCAAGCCUGGUAAAGAUGGCAAGUCGCGUGGCUAUGCCUUCGUUCUGUUCGAUCGGGAGGCAGAUUGCAAAGGUCAGUUUUCUCGCGUCUAA